CUCGCACUCCACCUGGUGUGACUCCAGCAGGGCUCUUGUCAUUACCUACACUGUUUGUCAACUACAUCAGUCCAGUUUCCAUACAGCACAGGCCCUGAGAUCUCUCAGCUGCUGAAAUGAAUAACCAGAGAGAAAACCUCUCAGAACCAAAUCUGGUUAAGAAUGCAAGAAGACAACAGUCCAAAGAGAAGAUCGUUGCUGGGAGUUUGGGAAUCAUCUCCUUUGUCUUGAUGUACAUUGUAGCAAGAAUGAUAACUUCUCUUACCUUUACUGAUGGACCGGAGCAGAACAAAAUAUCUCUUGAAACAAGGAUCCAGAAAGUGUAUAGCUGUAGCCAUUGUCCAAAAGAGUGGAUGACACAUUCCAACAAUUGCUAUUACAUUAGCACUGAAAGAAAACCAUGGAAUGAGAGUAUGUCAGCCUGUGCUUCUGAGAACUCUACCCUAUUCUCCAUAGAGGAUGAAGAAGAAUUGCAUUUGUUAGGCCUCUUCAUUUCUUCUUCAUGGCUUGGAGUCUCCCAGAAAAGCAAUAAUAAUCCAUCUGUGUGGCCAAAACACUCAACUUUCUCUUCCAAAGCGUUGGCAGUAUCAUCAGAGAGUGACCGGGUUUGUCCAUAUUUCAAUUUUGGACUGGAGAAAGUUUUUUCUGCAUCUUGUUUAGAAAUUAAAACAUAUGCUUGUAAGCACCAGGCAUUUUAGUUAUCUAAUUUUGGUGUAAUGUUAUCUCACCAUAUAUAAAGAACAUGUUUCUCAUUUCUCCAAAAGCCAUGCAAUUAUUGUCUCAGAAUCUUUUUCAAAUAUGAUUUUUAGAGAAGUUUUAUGUUCACAACAAAAUUAAGAGCAUGUUACAGAGUUUUCUUCUAUUGCCCCUGUCCACACACCUGCCUCUCCCCCAUUAUCAACAUCCCUCACUAGAAUGGUUCUUUUAUGACCAAAAAUGAAUCUACAACAAUGUGUCAUAAUCAUCCAAAAUUUAGUUUAUACAUGAGGUUUCACCCUUGGUGUUGUUGAACUGUUUUUCAAGAUUUAUUUAUAUUAAAGUGAAAAAAUAUAUAUACUAAGGUACAUAUUAUACAUUUAUUAAUCUUUUGCUAUUCACUAAAAUAAUUAUAUAUAUAAAUUGAAAAUCAUAAUAUUAUUGUGAAGUUCCCAAUAUAUUGAGUAAUUGUGCUCAUAUUUCCUCACCUUUAUAAGGGCUGCAAAUUCGAGUUAAACAACCCAAGAUGGCAAGGUAAUCAGUCAGAAUUGAGUCAGGAGACAGAAACCAGAGGAAGUUUGAUGUAAACAAUUAGUUUCUAUUUGUAAGGGAAAGUUUACUAAGAGGAAAGGCUACUAAUAUAAAGAAAAUAGUAAUACCUUAGGGUUAAAGGAGAGUACCGAAAGGAGGGAUUUCUGAGAAAGCUAGGUCUACUCCAUGAGGAUGAGAUUUAGAUGUUAUUGAAGACAAUGUGGCUAUACAUGGCUUCAUGACAGGUAUGCCUAUGGUAUUGGCUUGGGACAGAGCAGCUCCAUAACCCACACACUGAAACUGGUGAGCAUGGAUCUCAGACUGUGACUGACAGGCAGGAGGAAUUCCCUGUCAGAGUCUUAGAAGUCCCUUCCCAAAGGAUAGGAAACUGACUGGGACUAGCUACAAAAACCUGCUAGAGUCUGUUCAAAUACAUAGGACUUCCUGCAUACAUGCAGUCGGCAACCAAGCCAUAGCCAAACACCUUGAAAAGACCAUGAAACCAGGAAGAAGAGCCUCUUCUUUUCUCUCUCUCUCUCUUUUUUUUUUCUUAUGUUCAAUUCAAGUCCCACAUCGGGCUCCUUGCUUGGCAGGGAGCCUGCUUCGGCCUCGGCCUCUGCAUGCUGCUCUGUCUGCCCGUGCUUGCGCUCUCUCUCUCUCUCUAACAAAUAAAUAAAAUCUUUUUAAAAAAAAUAAAUAUUUAUUGGGGCACCUGUGUGGCUCAGUGGGUUAAGCCUUUGCCUUCAGCCCAGGUCGUGAUCUCGGGGUCCUGGGAUCGAGUCCCACAUUGGAGCCUCUGCUUAGCAGGGAGCCUGUUCCUCCUCUCUCUGCCUGCCUCUCUGCCUGCUUGUGAUCUCUCUCUGUCAAAUAAAUAAAUAAAAUCUCUAAAAAAAUAAAAAAUAAAAACAAGUAUUUAUUUCUCAUUCAUUAGUUUGUGAUUUGGCUGAGUUUUAGUUGAUCAAGGCUAGAUAUGUAAGAACUUGACUCUAGACUACAGAUUCAGCUCACAUCUUUUUUUUUUUUUUUAAUUCUUAGAGGAGUGGGCUAGCUGGUAUAUGACCUUUUAUAGCAGAGAUCAGCAUCAAAGAGAAACUUCAUCUUAAUACCUGGACUCUGAACUCAUUAGCUAUCACAUCCUAUUCAUAAUAUAUUGUGAAAGCAAGCCACAUGGCCAAACUUACCAUUGAUUGUCUGGAUCAUAUGUCUUCUCAAGGUGGUCAGAUUGAAGAAAUGAAGGUUCACUGAAAAACAACCUAAUCUAUCAUAAAAGCCCUGGGAAUAUUUUUUUUCUCAUUAUAUGUCAUGAGAUAUGUUAGUUGGCUAAAGAAAAAUAUUGGGAAAUAGAUGAAAAAAAUUAGUAGUGUCUUAAUUUCUCAUCCAGUUUUUUGUGUUCUCUGUGCCAAAAAUUCAUGCUAAAUAAUUUUGCAUAGUGAUAAGCAUCAUCAUACAGAUGUUUUCAUUGAAGUUCUUGAUCAAUUUACAAAUGGGAAUUAGCAGUACAGUAUAAAGUUUAAGGACAUUGGCAAUGAAACCAGGUCAUUUCAAUGUAUUUUCUAUAUGUACUAUCUUAGCCCCAUGCCUCAGCUGCAUAACUGCUCUGGUUCAGUUUCUUAUGCUGGAAAAUAUGAUAGAAAUAGAUUCUUAUUCACAGACUUACUUGAAGAUUAUUUAAAAAGUACCUCUGUUGACAUAUAAGUAUUCACUAGAUCUCAGUUGUUUUGACUUAAGAACUUGAUGCUUCCAUGCCAUCACCUAUGACAUCAUGACCAUAAUUGUAGCCACCUCAUACGGCUGAUCUGAGGAAUCAAUACUAUAAGGCCCAAAGUUCCUUAAAAUAAAUCUUAA